GGUUUAGAUAUUAAGGAGACUUGCGGGACCCGCUCACUCUUGAGUUUUCAAAAAGAAUUCGUUUCAUUUGAGUUGCAUUUCGCUUCAUUUUCAUUUGCAUUUGCAUUUGAGUUUCAAUAAAAAAAUUGUUUUAAAAUUUUAUUCUAAAACUACUAUUUUAAAAAUAAAAAAAAUAAUAAUAAUAAAAAAAGUUGGGCUGACGGAGGAGCCAGAGUCGUUGCUUCAUAGGCUCGUCUUUUUGACUCCGAAAACCAUAAAAGAGAGGGAAAGAAAAGUCUGCCUUUUACAUUAGCUUGGUCUUCGUCUUUCGGGUUUUUCUUUCGUUUCUUCCAAACCAUCUUCAGUUCUUAGCAACCUCACAUCUCUGUGCUUCUAAGGGUCUUCUCCUCGGAAAGCUUUCCAUGUGCAGUGGGUCUAAGAGGAAACCUGCUAACGCUGGUUUGGUCAUGGAAGGUGAAUCAGAGAAACAAGAAGGGCUCAGGUAUAACUUUUCUGUUUUGCUUGAAUUAUCAGCCUCGGAUGAUCUUGAUGGUUUCAAAAGUGCGGUUGAAGAUGAAGCCCGUGAUAUUGAUGAAGCAAGUUUAUGGUAUGGGAGGAGAAUCGGGUCAAAAAAGAUGGCGUUUGAAGAGAGGACACCUCUUAUGAUCGCUGCCAUGUUUGGAAGCAAAAGAGUUCUGAAGUUUAUACUUGAGACAGGUUGUGUUGAUGUCAACAGGGCUUGUGGUUCAGAUAAGGCCACAGCUCUCCAUUGUGCGGCUGCUGGUGCCGCUGCUUGUUCAGCUGAGGUUGCCAAGCUCUUGCUUGCUGCUUCUGCUGAUGCUAAUUCGCUUGAUGCUAAUGGAAAUCGUCCUGGUGACUUGCUUGUGCCGGUUCGUAGUAGCUUGGCCUUUGAUUUGAGGAAGAAAGCUUUGGAAGUGAUCCUCAAGGGUGUGGAGGAAACUUCAGGUUUUCCUGAUCAAGUUGUUGAUGAAUUGGAGGAUCAAGAGCGCCAAGAGUUUUUCAGCCUUAGGAGCUCAAAAGAUGGUCUAGAGAAGAAAGAGUAUCCUGUCGACCUCUCUCUUCCUGACAUCAAGAACGGGAUUUAUAGUACAGAUGAUUUUAGGAUGUAUACUUUCAAGAUCAAGCCUUGUUCAAGAGCUUACUCACAUGACUGGACAGAGUGCCCUUUUGUCCACCCUGGUGAGAACGCCCGUCGGCGUGAUCCAAGGAAAUACCAUUAUAGUUGUGUCCCUUGUCCCGAGUUCAGGAAAGGGUCGUGCAGGCAGGGUGAUGCUUGUGAGUAUGCUCAUGGUAUUUUUGAGUGCUGGCUUCACCCGGCUCAGUACCGUACUCGUCUCUGCAAGGACGAGACUGGUUGCCAAAGAAGGGUCUGUUUCUUUGCUCAUAAGCAUGAAGAACUCCGACCUUUGUAUGCUUCAACUGGUUCUGCUGUGCCUUCUCCAAGAUCGUUUGCUGGUUCCUCUCUUGACAUGGGAUCUAUUAGCCCCCUUGCUCUUGGUUCCCCAUCAGUUUUGAUACCUCCUUCAACUCCUCCCAUGACUCCCUCAGGAGCGUCAUCUCCUAUGAGUGGGAACAUGUGGCAAAACCAAUCUAACAUUGCACCUCCGACCUUGCAUCUCCCAGGUAGCCGGUUGAAAUCUGCUAUGAGUGCUAGAGAUAUGGAUUUAGAUGUUGAUAUAAUCGGCAUGGAAAGUCAUCGCCGCAGGCAGCAGCAGAUGAUGGAUGAGAUAUCUUGUAUCUCAUCUCCCUCAAACUGGAACAAUGGCUUAUCACCAGCUUCACCUUUUGCCACUCAAGGCGAUCGAACUGACGAGUUGAGUAGGGUUGGAGGAGUGAAGCCAACUAACCUUGAUGACAUAUUUGGAUCUUUUGACUCUUCAAUUUUGCCUCAGUUACAGGGUCUCUCAGUGGACACCACAUCAUCCCAUCUACAGUCCCCAACAGGGAUGCAUAUGCGUCAAAACAUGAACCAGCAGAUGCCUUCAAACUACUCAGUUAGCCUCUCAUCAUCUCCCGGGAGGACUUCUCCAAUGUAUGGGGUUGGCGCAUCUAGUGGAGCAGCCGCAGUGAUGAAUUCACGGGCUGCUGCUUUCGCAAAGCGGAGCCAGAGCUUCAUUGAACGCAGUGCUGUUAAUCGUCACUCUGGGCUUUCUUCUCCAGCUAGUUCGAGCAUGAUGCCAUCCAAUCUUUCAGAUUGGGGUUCCCCUGAUGGAAAAUUAGACUGGGGAAUGCAGGGUGAAGAGCUAAACAAGUUGAGAAAAUCUGCUUCUUUUGGAUUCCGAAGCAGCGGUGGCAAUUAUGGUGCAGGCAUGGCUGCAUCCUCAAUGGCAGCAGGAACUGUGGAUGAGCCAGAUGUGUCUUGGGUUCAAUCCUUGGUGGUUGAUGCCCCAACCUCAAAGUCUAUGCAAAUGAGCAGCUUUGAGGACCAACAACAAUGCCAUUUUGACAGUGGAGCUUCAGAGAUGCUCCCAGCUUGGGUGGAGCAGAUGUACAUGGAGCAGGAGCAGUUGGUGGCUUGACCCGAGAUCGAAUUCCAUUACCUUAACUGUUGAUUUUUUGUCAUUUUUUAAUUUCUUAUUGAUAUUGAUAAUAUUUAGUUUGAAGAAAAGAAGAAAAA